AUGGGGUUCCCGAAGUCACCGGCGGUGGCCACGUGCACUCCUCCGCCGCAGAAGAAGCAGCCCCCUCCGUCGCCGUCCACGGCGAAGUCCUCAUCUCACAAGUCCCCGUUCAGUCGCUCAUUCGGCGCGUACUUCCCGCGCUCCUCCGCUCAGGUGCAGCCGCGACCGCCCGACGUGGCGGAGCUGCUUCGUUUGGUGGAGGAGCUCCGGGAGAGCGAGUCGCGGCUGAAGACGGAGCUGCUGGAGCACAAGCUGCUGAAGGAGUCCAUUGCCAUUGUCCCCGUUCUGGAGAGCGAGAUCAGCGCGAGGGAAACUGAAAUCGAAAGGAACAGAAGAAGAGCGGAAGAAAUGGAAGCGGAGAACGAGAGGUUGAAGAAGGAGUUGCAGGAGCUGAAGGUUCGAGCGGAAGAUGAGAAGAGAGAGAACGAGAGGAAACUUAAGGUUCUGGAAGAUGAGAUAGCGGAGGUGAAAAAAAUGGCAUCGUACAGUGAUUGUAGCAGUAACAGAACGGAGGCAUUGGAAAAUCACGUGCACGAGCACGAAGCUUCGCAGAGGAUAGUGGAGGUUUCGGUGAGGUCGAAUCUCAUGAAAAGCUUGAAGAAAACGGCGUCGGAUCUCGGAAGUGGGAUUUUGAAAAGAGAGGUUGCAGAAACAGAAAGGCCACGUCACUCGCGGUGUAACUCGGAGGAACUCGCUGAUUGCUCUGACUCAGUUCUCUCGACUUCUGUGAGGUCACGCGCGCCUCGUGUUCCGAACCCACCACCGAGACCUUCGUCUUCUUCUCCUUCGUCUCCGUCCAGUGGUUCCUCCAAUGACGGCGAAACUGAUCAAGCCAUUCCACCACCGCCACCACCUCCUCCUCCACCGAUGAAGGCAGCGCCUCCUCCGUCGAUUAAGGCAGCGCCUCCUCCACCUCCACCUCCACCUCCUGCUCCAAGGAAGCCUACAUCUAAGGCAGCUCCUCCGCCGCCACCGCCACCUCCUCCGGCGAAGGCGGGGAGGGUGGCUUCGGCGAAGGUGAGGAGAGUGCCGGAGGUGGUGGAGUUUUACCACUCGUUGAUGAGGAGGGACUCGCAUUCGCGGCGAGACUCGGGGUCCGGCGGUGCGGCAGAGGCGUUGGCGACGGCGAAUCCUCGCGACAUGAUCGGCGAGAUCGAGAACCGUUCGACUCACUUGUUGGCGAUAAAAACAGAUGUAGAAACUCAAGGAGACUUUAUUAGAUACUUGAUCAAAGAGGUGGAGAGCGCAGCAUUCACGGACAUUGAAGAUGUAGUGCCUUUUGUCAAAUGGCUUGACGACGAACUCUCCUAUUUGGUGGAUGAAAGGGCAGUGCUGAAACACUUCGAUUGGCCAGAGCAGAAGGCUGAUGCUUUGCGUGAGGCUGCGUUUGGGUAUUGUGAUCUGAAGAAGUUAGUAUCUGAGGCUUCGUCUUUCCGCGAUGAUCCUCGGCAGCUGUGUGGUCCAGCCCUUAAGAAGAUGCAGACUCUCUUAGAAAAAUUAGAACAUGGGAUUUACAAUAUCUCAAGAAUGAGAGAAUCGGCAACAAAGAGAUACAAAGUCUUCCAAAUACCCGUUGAUUGGAUGCUUGACAGUGGUUAUGUGAGCCAGAUCAAGCUGGCAUCUGUAAAAUUGGCCAUGAAGUACAUGAAGAGAGUCUCUGCUGAGCUUGAGACAGUUGGUGGUGGGCCUGAAGAAGAAGAGCUUAUUGUCCAAGGAGUUAGGUUUGCAUUCCGAGUUCAUCAGUUUGCUGGAGGUUUUGAUGUGGAUACAAUGAGAGCAUUUCAAGAGUUGAGAGACAAAGCAAGGUCAUGCCACAUUCAAUGCCACGGCCAGCAACAGAAAUUCUUUUGCAGGUCUGCAACAUGCUAA